GAAGGAAUCUCUCAACACGCCGCUGCAACGACAGAAAACAACUAUUUUGGAGAACGUCAGCCUUACAAGCUUCACACAAAUUCUAGGGACAACGGCACGAAGCUAGAAGAGGUUCUGUGUGGUUGCUAGUAUUGCAGCUGCAUGAUGUCAGUUGUAACGAAUUGUUCACCAUAACAGACGACGACAGUAGUCGCAUGACAAAACCAAGUAUUGUAAUGGCUAACUGGACGAACAUUACCGACGAGACAAUCUGCAAGAAAGUGCUCUAUUUGGAGAUUGAACAUUCCAGAGUAAGAGUAUGGGAUCUCGCGAUAUUGAUUCCGAAUGCGCUGUUUCUGGUGUUCUUACUAGCCAGGUUGAAACGUGCAAGAACAAAGCUUAAGCAGACUAGCACACCGAUAUUCUCAGCUUUCUUUGGUUUGGUGUGGGUUAGCACUGGCAUUAGCAUCAUUCGAUGUGUGGUUUCCAUGACAGUCAACGCAGCACUGCCUGUCGGUGACUAUGUCGACAAGGUUUUGUGGCUGAUCCUCAGAUUAUUCUUGCUGUCGACUGAGAUGAGUGUGGUAACAUUUGGCAUGGCAUUUGGUCAUCUGGACAGCAAGACGAGUAUCCGCCGUGUGCUUAUCUGUACCUCCACAAUCUCGCUCAUCUAUUCUGGCACGCAGGGGGCGCUGGAGUUUGUCAACCCAGAUGACAGUUUCCACAUUGAUGCAAAAAACUACGAUCUGUUUGGCCAUGGAGGAAUGCUGUUUUGGUUUAUUAGUUCAAUUUUCUUCUCUGUGAUUUACUCUGUGAUAGACUUACUGCCAUGGACACCAGUCUCAUACAGACUUGCUCUACCGACUAAGAAGUCAUUCUACUUGUACUGCUUGUUCCUGGCAUUUCUCAAUCUAGUACAGGCAGUUGGUAGUGGGAUGCUCUUCUACAAAGUUCAACCAGGAAUGUGUAUUGUAGAUUUGACAACAUACAUCUACUUCACAGUCUUUACUCCAUUAGUCUACAGAACAUUCCUCAGCGACUUCUUUGGGUCCACGCCGCCACCUACAAUCCUUUUCUCCUACAAGGCCCAGCAGGACGAACUGGCUGAAGAUGAUACAGUGAGCCUACCACAGCAUUCUUACUCCUCUACUAAGACCGACUCUGACAUCAUUUUCCACGGGAACUCAGCCAUGUAUGAAAGCACUCAUUUUGACGUACAUGGCAGUCCGUCUCUGCAAUAUGAUGAUGCAGAUGGUUUCCACAGCAGUGUACUCCUGACACGGAGUCUGCACGAGGGAAUCGGGAGCAUAAACGCAUCCAUGGAAGCAAGCGUGGGUGAGAGUACACAUCGGAGACGUAGCAGUGAUCCUGUAACACCUACUGUGGUGCACACGUGAUUGUAAGUUGGCCCAGAUCGUCCGGGAGUUUUGUCGAUGAACAUUUUUAGCGCGAUGGCAUCAAGAUCUGUAUUAUCUCCUGAAAGGGUGUGCCGUGGAUCGAUACACGUUAAACUUCUACACGUGCACCACAUAUUAGACUUGUACUUAUGAGAUCGAAUCACACAGGUACGACGUAUUCAUAAGUAUAAAUCGCACUUGACUUGGUAUGCAUUCAUGUGCAUGAAACACACUGGACAUGAAUCAAUCCAUAAUGAUAAGAAGUUUCAUGAUAACUGCAGGAGUUUAGCCUCAUUUGUCAGUCGCACUGAUUGUAUUCAUAUACAUAAGUAUUACAUUGAGAAAUUAUCAUGUUACAUAAAUUAAUUGCAAUAAUGUUUGCACUGAAUAUGAAUUCAUUCGCAUAGAUGAAUAGCUAAGCACUGAAUAUGUAUUCGUAUGCAAAUUUGUGAAACACAGAAUGUGUUCAUGUGCAUGGCCUACAUUAAACCCCAAAUAUGUCUACAGGAAUUACUCAUAUAUAGCUAAAGACUUCGGUUGAACAUUGGAAAUGCAGAAUAUCUUCUCAAAUGCUAUAAUGAAUAAUAUUUAUGUAAAAGAAUAUAAUUAAUAUAUCUUGAUUUCCACUUUAGAUUAGUUGGCAAUGCAAACAUAAUUAAAUUGUAUUUUGCUUGGCACAAUUCCUAGCAUUGAUACUCGAGCCAUCGAGUAGUGGAAUUAUUCCAAUACUAUUGGUGAGGUAGGUUAUUGGUACACUUCUGCAUACACUUGUACAUGUAGUCAAUUUCUUAACUGGUUUUAUAAGCACUCAUAUUGUUUGAAUUAAAGCCGGCCUUAGGUCGGCCUUGCGACGCAACGCGAUUGCCUGUGACUGAUUUUAUGCAACUGGUUGCAACUCGGUGCGACGAUCGCAUCGCAGGGACAGUUCGACCUAAGCACUCCUGCGACUGCCAGCGACGAGUCUGCGAUGCUCAGCGACUGGAAAGUGGUCAGUCACAGCGAGUCGCGCAUGUACUACUUUAGCGACGCGGCACGACUAGCUUCCACCUGUCGCUUGCAUUGUUUUACCCGACAUUAGCUGCCUUGCGAUCGCUGCGACGAGAUUCGAAUGUAUAAUGAACAAUGCAUAAAAUCGAACAAUGCGAAUGAAACAAUGCAUAUAACCAUGUACACAACAUGCACACAGCAACAAGUCAUGUAAAGUAAACUCAUUUAGAUGCGCGAUCUAUAGGCGAUCAUCGCUUUGCCUUAAGCGCCUUCUGCGACUGCCUGCGACUGCUAGUGUCAGUCCCUGCUCGUCGCGUCGUGCAGCAUUCAAUCGCAAUCUGACCUAAGGCUGGCUUUAGAGAAUGUAUUGAUUUGGUCUUAGUUGUCUGCAUGUUAGGGGCAUAAAAAACAAUUUACAUGCAAGGGGUUUAUUCAGCUGCCAUUUUGGUGCACUGAUUUUUCAAAAAAGAUGUAGUUUUUUUACUUUUCAAAUAGGAAUUGUGCCUAAAAUAGAAAAUUCAAAUGCAUGUUAUUAAUUUGGUAUUGUCUGUAAACUGUUACAAGAAGGGUAUAUAUGACAAUUAAUUUAUAGUCAGUUUUCUGCACAUUGCAGAUGAAUGAAGAUCUAUACAUUUGCAAGUUUAACCAUCAGUGAACGGUUACAGCCCUAUAGACCGAAGGUCCGAUAGACCGAAGGCCCGAUAGACCGAAGGUUUAUUCGAAUACUCAGUG